ACACGGGGAGAUCAGCAGCACGGGGGGCCCUGGUGGCCGAUCGUCAGCACUGAGGCAAAAAGGUCACAGGAGGUGCAGGAAGGCAGAACCGAGAGAGCUGGGGCCGGGGCCGUGGGCUGCUGAGAACGGGGUUCAGGAGGGCACGUGGCCCCUGGGGUAGGGAAGAGAGUUUCAACAAGGGCAGCGGGCAGCUGGGAUGCAGGCAGCUGGGUAGGGGGAGCGGCAGCGAGCAGAGCCGCCGCCAGGAAGCAGAACAGGCCCCUGGUGCUGAUGUUGUCAUCUGUGUCUCUGUUAUGUGUUAUUUCCAGCUGAUUGGUAAAGAUGGAAAGAGGCAGAGGAGGGGGAGGAGGCGGAGGAGGAGGAGGAAGGAACCUGGGGGGCUCUGGCCUGCACAGGAGCAUCUAUUCCCAGUCCCAGCAGCAGUACCAUUACGCAGCCCCCUCCCAGGGGGGCUGCAUGGAGAUCCAGGAGCUGGCCUCCAAGAGGGUGGACAUCCAGAAAAAACGAUUUUAUCUGGAUGUGAAGCAGAGCUCCCGGGGCCGCUUCCUGAAGAUCGCAGAGGUCUGGAUCGGGAGAGGCAGGCAGGACAACAUCAGGAAAAGCAAGCUGACGCUCUCCCUGUCGGUGGCUGCCGAGCUGAAGGACUGCCUGGGUGACUUCAUUGAGCACUAUGCCCACCUGGGCCUGAAAGGCGGCCACAGGCAUGAGCACAGCGAUGGCAAGGAGCAGCACUCGAGGCGGCGCCAGCAGCAUCCGCCGCCCUCGCCCCCGGGCUCUGUGGGCUCCGAAGAGCACCCUCAUAGCGUCCUCAAAACAGAGUACAUCGAGAGGGACAACAGAAAAUAUUACCUUGACCUGAAGGAGAAUCAGCGGGGCCGCUUCUUGCGGAUCAGGCAGACGAUGAGCCGGGGACCUGGCAUGAUUGGUUAUUUUGGCCACAGCUUGGGACAGGAGCAGACUAUUGUCCUUCCGGCGCAAGGGAUGAUCGAGUUCAGGGAUGCUUUGGUCCAGCUGAUUGAAGAAUACGGCGAGGGGGACAUGGAGGAUCGCAGGGGUGGGGGCGAUGAUCCCCCUGAGCUCCCUGAGGGCACCUCCUUCCGGGUGGACAACAAGAGAUUCUACUUUGAUGUGGGAUCCAACAGGUAUGGCAUUUUUCUGAAGGUAAGUGAGGUGAGGCCACCGUACCGUAACACCAUCACAGUUCCGUACAAAGCGUGGACAAGGUUUGGGGAAAAUUUUAUCAAGUAUGAAGAAGAGAUGAGGAGAAUUUACAACAGCCAUAAAGAAAAAAGGAUGGAUGUCAGAGGGGACAGUGGUGAAGAGCAAGAGGGUCUCGAAUAGAGUGCACUGAACUGGCCGUCUGGCAAAAUAAAACACAAAGCAGAUAUUGGUGAGAGGGACUGAUCUAUAGUAAUUUGAAGUUGCCCCAUUUUUUUGUAAAGUCCUCUUCUGGUAGUCUGUACUAACUCCAGUACAUAAUAUUAUGGGAGUCUGGUUAUCAUGCUAUAUUAUGCCCAAAACAUCUCUGUAUUUCUUAUGAAAGUACCAACCUCCCAAGUCUGUAUGAGUCAGCUUCUUUGAGUGUGGAAGACUAUGAAAGUAUGCGUAUCAGCACAAAAAAAGACAGCAUUCUGACCUUUAAAUAGUCUAGAUAAGGCUUGUGUUGCACUUCAGCGUGGUGCAAAAAAAGCCUUCACGCUGAAAUGUAUCGGUUUCUGCUUAUGGCAGUUUUUCUGGAACUGAAUUCUGCCUGUACUCGGUCAAAAGGCUGAAGAGCUGAGCCACAGGGCGCUUACUGCAAAAAGUGUCUACAUGUUAAUUGCUCAGACACGUAUGAGGAGAGGGAGAUGUUUAAAAAUUGGUAUCUGCUGGUUACUGAGUUUGAAAUGAUGUUCUUUCUGGGUGAAAUCUCAAAAACCAGUCAGACCUUUAAUAACGUGCUAGUGGAGAGCAGAGGAUUUGUUAUUAAUCUCGUAGUUUUGUGCUAACCAAAUAACCUGAGUAUCCCAGGAUAGUGAAACUGUGCUUGAGUGCUAAGCCUUCCAAAUUAAUGGCAACAAGUCAUAAUCCAUUCUUAUCUCGGUGUUCUGCCCACGCGAGGCUGAUGAUUUUUUUUAAAGCAUUCCUCAAAAUUUCAAAAGCUAUUUUUGUAGCCGGGGUGUUGUGGGUUCUGGCAGGCGGCUGUGGAACGGGUGUGCUGAGCCAGAUGGCUGCCGUGGUUGAGGUUCCAGGGUUCCCUCCCAGUCGUGAGAUGAAUGCAGCCAUGAUGUUACGCGCACGAGGACAACACCUGGGCACUUCUCUCCUCCUGUUGUGAGGAAGACCUUUGGGGGAUUUGGUGCACCAUUUGAUUCGUAUCGAAAUGCAUCUCUGUCCUAUUGAUCUGUAACGCAUUUUCAAAGCCGUGGUUAAGGCUGCGUCAGAUUUUCUGUCACGUUGAUUUUACAGAUGUUAUUAGUACAACAUAAUACCAGCGCCCUGCCAUCACCUCCUUCCUGCCCUGUUGAAGCUGGAGCUGAAAUCCAGCAAUUCGAUGCCUGGUUUCUGACUGCUAGCUUUCUGCAAAGUCCGCUGGCAGCUCUGCAGCCUGAGCCUUACAGUCCUUGCCAGAAGAAUUCUCUGCUGCAAGGGAAAAUGCGUAGAAUUAGCAGGCCUGAAGAUUUUGAAAAUUCAUGAUCAUUUCUUAGAAAAUGGAUACAUACCAUUCAAGGGGCUUUUUCAGCCACUGGGUGCUGGUUCCUCUCCUUCUGAAUUCAUUGGGAGUUUGAUUGAGCCCCAGGUACUUUAAAGAAUGUGUUGCCCACCUUUGAAGUCUUUUUGAAGGACGCGUUACUCUGUCUAGUCAGAUAUUUACAAUCACAUGCAUUGUUUUUUGCCAAGUGGCCUAGUGUGCACGCGGACCAGAUGUUUUCCAACCCAACCAUUCCACUUUUUUUUAAGUCUGUUCAGAAAGGUAUUUAUCUUCACUCUUAGUCUGGAGCCACCUGCACGCUACAUGGCCACGCUACAUCCAAAAGCUAUUGCCUGUUACGACAUUAACCAUAGCAAGAGAAGUUGGGGAGGCAGAGGUGGGAACUAAGAGGAUAAUCUGGACUUUACUUUGGGUACUAAUAACAGUCAAUCUGUUUUAACUUUAAAAAAAAAAAAAAGAAAAAGAGGAAAAAAAAAAAAAAGAAAAGCUUGCACCAAAGUCACCAAAGAACCUUUAGGAAAUGUUACGGUUGUGACAGAAAGUAAGAAAGUUAAUUUCACUGUUUUAGGUGAUUUGCCCUUUACAUAGAACUACAUAUAGCAGUUACAGCAAGCAAACAUUUGGCUUAGUAUCACAACAACCAUCCGUUUCUGCACAGAUUGCUCUUUCAGGUACUUUUUCAAGUCUAUAAGAGAUUUUCUCAUUCCACCACUUGAACUGCUAGCAGACCACGAUGAAUCAGCAAGAGGCAUUAUGGGGUACUGGUUCAUCUUUGCUUCUACGCUUUUGGUCACAAUGUUUUUAACAGGUUCGGUUAGCAAACCAUUACAAUAACUUCACGUCCCAGUUGGUGUGAAACCAGAGUUUAGCAAGCGAGUCCUGGAUGCACAAGUCAGCGCGUCGCUGGCUGCUGCUGCCCAUCAGUGCCUGGAGUAACAAUGAACUUAUCACAGAUUCCAACCAACUGGAGCUAUGAAUGUACAACUCUUUGAUGCUCGCUUUCCCGCUCCUAUGUGGCACUCCUCCCCUACGCACUUGACAUCUUCCAGUCCAAGCCCACGUCUGUGUCAAUGCAUCGUAACAGCUGCUGUGUUGGAAUCUGCUUAGGUUAGGUGCGUGUUGUAAGUGGUCACGUAUUCCUUCUGUUCCUUUGAUGUUAGUAAGGAAAAUACUUGCAAUGGGCAAAGCGAUAGAAAAGGCUUGUUUCUUCAUCACGUCUUUUGUUUAAAAAAAAAAAAAAGGUGAGAUGCAAAAUGGCUUUCCUUAUUGCUACUCACUUGCCAUUGUGACAAAAGGGUAACUAAAUGCAGCUGGCUGUAUCUUAGUUAGACUGGUAUCUCUGUGCGUUUAACCCAUUUAUUUUUUUAAGAAUCUUUUUCCUGAGUUAAUUAAUUGGCCUUCUGAUUGCAUUAGUGUAUUGUAAAUAGCAGCCAGGAAUCCAGUGUUUGCUGGCUGUGAGGCAGGGCUGGGUUCCAUGGGAUUCACUAAUGCAUGUACUCUCCCCACGUGGGAUGCACCUUAGUAUCCAAAAUUGGAUGGGAUCUUCAAGUUCACAGCCGACUACCAAUAGGUAAACCACUAGUGACGGGUUUCCACGGAAAUGCAAAGCACUGACGCUUGCAAAUAUUGUCAUUGGAGGGUAAAACAGACUAACUCAAAAUGUAGCAAUGCAAGAUUGUACCAUUUAGAUUUGGAAACGGGUUCAUCAUUAUUUUGGCAGUGCAUUUUCAACCUUUGAGAGCAGCAAUAAUGUAGGCUGCUUGUGUGCAGAAGGGCCCAUUGCAGUGCUUGGGAAUGCUGUGUUCCUCAUGCAUUUCAAAUGUUCAUUCUCUGUGCCCUAAAACUGCCAUGUCCCUUAAACUUGAGAAAACACAAGCUUAUUUGCACUAGAAAGAACGGCCAAAAACAAUUCUAGGAGGACAGGGUGACGAGUACCAGUCUGAACCUCUUUUUUCAUGAGAGAAUUUCCUACUAAAGCCCUCACCUCUGUUUCAAAAUUGUAUGGUCCAGACAGAAGUCUGUCAGUUCAAUAACAAGAUCCUAAUGCACUUUAUAUUGUGUAAAUAAUAGGAGCACAUUUCUGCCACUGGUCUGGCAGGGGGUGCUUCAGCAUUGUAAUCUGAAUCUGGAAGAGGUCGUAUCCUGCACGUGUCUGAUACGGACCUGUUGUACCUUCUUGACCCAGCUCCAGGACAGGCACGAUGGUACAGAUCCUCCGAGCUCAUCAAAGCGGGACACUGAGAUGUAGUGUGCAAAGCUGCUGAGCAGCCUGAGCUGGUAGCAGUGCCUGCUGCGGCUCUCCGGCAGCUGAGGUCUGCCCUGAACGUUGAUGCUGAGCCUGACAAACCAGCUUUUCAUGGAUGUAGCGUGGGUCACAACAGAGUUCUUGUGCUUAGCUUUCCCUUCCAUCAGUGUAGACACUCAUGCUGCCCCUCAAGGGCCUGUUUUGAGAAUAAGGUGUCACGGAGGCUUUGCCAGCUGUCCCCACCUGCUGCGCAGAAGCUGCCUUUUUCAGCGAAGGACUAGCAGAGCAGCACGCUGACAAGGGGCUGGAAGGCUUCCUGUGGCCAGGUUCCCCACACUUGGCACUGCAAGGAGGUGACAAAAAUCACGUCUUGGGGACACGCGUGCUGGGCUUCCCCUUGAAAGAUGCAGCCGUGGCAGCAAUCUGCUCUUUGUCAUGUUUCUUGUAUGUACUCAAUAUAUAAAAAUUCAUAUUCACGUAUAGGCAUUGAUAUAUUUAUGUGAGUAUAUUGUAGCCUGUAGUAGCUCGUAACAAAAAUAACCUAUUUAUCUGAAGUACACGGUCUAAAGAUGGGGCUUAAAAGGCAGUUUCUCAUACUAUCAGUUUGGGUAAGCACGUUAUUUCACUGAGAGCACUUUGCCUGCUGCUUAUCAUGGCCCUUUUAAGAUUUUGGCUUUUAAGCACUUUCAUCUCUUAGGUUUUCAGUGAGGCUGCGAGGAAAACAUAGGCAAAAGAAGGGAAAACUUUACUUCGAGGCACAGUGCAGGUGAAGCAAGAGCUGCGGGUAAUAGCCAGUUGCUGCCCCACGGGUCACGUUGCAUUCCCAUGCCAUUUUAAAAUCCCUCUACUCUGCAAACCUUUACAUUCAUAAAGUAUGCCAUUGAAAGGAUAAAAAGACUGUCCCUUAUUAAAAAAAAAUCCCAAGCAAUUACAAAAAUCAGCGUUGGCAUCCAUUUUUUUCUGCUGAAGAUGUAGUCCAAUGAUUGCACCAUUUUUUUCCCAAGGCCUGUUCAGGUGACCUAAACCUGUGGGGAAGGCAGCUGGUAGUGGCCAGGAAGCCUGUUGCUCACCUCAUUUGCAGCUCUUUUAUCCAUGUGUAGUAAUUUUUCUAGCAGAAAAGAGUUUAUUAGUUUGUAUUUUUAUUGUGCAGACUUUGCACCCUAUGUAAAAUUAAUGAAUAAGCAGGUUUUAGUUCUAUUGCAUACUUUUUGCUGUACAUAUGGUAUAUAUAUAUACAUUUUAAAGUAAUUCUUAAAGAAAAGUAUACUUUCAAUUUAAUUUUCUAUGCUGAUUCCUCCAAAAUUAAAAUGUCCUUUAUUUUUAAUGACUUAACAUAUUGUGAUGCCUAAAAUCUGCCUUCCCCCUCCUGCUCCUCCAUUCCUUUUAGACAAAGGUUGCAUUUGAAAUACCUAGUUUAUCCAAGUAAGACCGGAAGUAAAGGCUACACUGAACACAUAACAAGCUACUUGCAUAUUAGUCCUCCUCGUGGGUGCUUUGAGCAGAAAUCCUGGGAAAGAUCAUGGUGGCACGGUUCCAGACAUGGUGUUUGCCGGGUGCGAGCCUGAUGUGCCUGUGUAGCCGCCCCGUGGGGCUCAAGCCUCAGACCUCAUCAUGCUGGAUGGGGACAUUGGCAGAGGCCUGAAGUGGCUGCAGGCUGAAGCCAUUCUUCUCGUCUUCAGGAAUGAUGCUCUCUGCAUGCAUGGCGAUUGAUGGUGUUUUUUCCGUCCAUAGGGAUGUAAGGCAUUGUCUCCGUUCAGCAGUGGCUGUGUCACCUGUAUGUUUUUCACACUACCCAUGGUGAUGCCUUUUGUUGCCCCCCCGUCGUGUUAUUUUCAUCUGGAGUUGUGAAAAUUUCAUCGCGUGGUUGCAAAACCAAGCAGAUUUGAGUAGGUGGAGAAGCAAGACCCACCUGCUGUGCUUUGCUCUCUUUCGUGGGCAUGCUGCCCAUAUGGAGCUGUGGUUCCUGUGAAGCUUUGCAGUUUCUCCCUCCUUGUCCAAGGUGCUCGUAGCUUCUUAUCUCCUGGUCUGUUGGAGCUAUGCAUGUACAGCAGUGGAUAUCUGUGGUAAUUCAGCCUUGUCUAAAAACAGCUGAAAUCCAUAGGAUCACAGGAAAACACCCUGGGCUUGAGGGCAUGAGGCGCUUCAGGGCUCAGGUGUUUGGAAGAGGCUGAAGCCACAUCUUUUGGCACUCUGUUUUUCCCAAACUCACAGAAGCUUUAAGAGGCUGACACCAAUUUUUACACGAUAAUGCUGGUGCUACCAGUUGUCAUCGCGCUGGAGUUGUUCUAAUAUUUUGUCAUGCCCAUGCUUGGUUCUCCACCUGUGUCUCCAUCAAGUUGAUGAUAUUUUAAAGCAUCGAGAUAAAAUAGGAUGCCAGGAGUUACAGAGAGCUUGGACAGAUCCUGACAUCUGCAACUUGGCUGCAGCAUCGUGGCCAAAGCAGUGCAUUUCCAUUGGCAUUCCCCUAAUGAAAUAUGGCAGGGGAAUGAUUUGUAGGAAUCAUCAGGUAGCUUUUCUUGCUGGCACUUAUGGAGAAGCUAGACGCCUGGCUUCUCCAACAGAGAAAUCUUACAUGUUAAUUUCUUUAAUAAUGUUAACAAAAGUGGUAGGUGACAUUGAAUAAAAAUUGUUUUUCUAGAAAUGUCAAAGCAUACGCCGUGGUUUCAGAACUUGGAUGGCGCUUUGGCAUUUCUGUGAUUAAUGUGAUUAGAUUAUUCCUGCUGCAUGCCAAGGUACCGUGCAAAACAUAGGCCAGCAGCCUCAGGGGCCUUGUCUUUACAUUAACUUCUGGAAAUCUAUACACUGGUGUUACGCUUUGGCCUUUCUGUGCAUGUUGUACGUGUUUUGUAUUCGUACCAUCUCCAGAGGUACAAACAAUCGAGGUACCCAAAUACCACCCCAAUAAAGCUCUCGCUAAUGACUUUGUAAUCAUCUCCCCAGUUGACAGGCUACCUCAAAAUGCUUCAUGAGGCAUGUGGGAAUCACUAGCUCUUCAGAAAGUGGCCACUGUACCUUCUUUGCAGAGAUGUAUGUUGCCUUUUAAGUGUUUAAACCUGUCCUACACAUUACUAUUGAAUGGGAAGGGGCAACAGCUCCUGCAUCCAAGCUUUUGGUUAAAGAUGUGGCUGUGAGGCUGGUCGCUUAGUCACUGUAGGGCAAGUCCCUUCCACAGGCAGAAGGGCUUUGUGUCUGGCCGCUUCUUAAUCUUGAUAAUUUGCCAUGAACAGAUUAAUUUGAGGAAAAGAUACCUUCCACGUCGGCUGCUGGUGAACCUCGAGUUCCUGUGCGUGUUCCCAUCUGGUGGUUGUUCUCUAUGUGUUUCAUUCACAAGAAACAGUGGGAGAAGGAGCUUGUGAAUAGAGUUAAAUGCUUACCACCAAGGAAGAGGAAUGGAAAGGCAGGAGGGGGUGACAGCAAGAAAGGACAGGAUUUGUGCCCCGGGGAAUUGCAGAGUGGGACUUCUGUCUGUGGUAUGGGGAAGAAGUGGCACUGCCAGCACUCAAGCCCUCCUCUUUGCUCAGGUCCAGCCAAGCUGGAGAUAGCCUAGCUUUGUCCAGGAGCACAUGCAGAAGCUUAGGGGAGUGUACAGGUGUUCGCUGCCUGUAAAGUUUGCCUCUGCUAUCUCAAUGUGUGCAGUGUUGCGUGUACUUUUCAUGCUACAGGAAUCAGUGGGAGUGGCUUCCCUGUUGGACAGCUGUUCCUGUGCACUGGGGAGGAAAGGUGCGAUAAGGGCUGAAGGGGUUAGAGAGAAAGAAAGGCUGGCCCCACUGUGAAAACAGCUUUCCAAAAACACGUUCUAUGCCAUCUUUGCAAAGGAUUUGUGCAGUUUUUAAUGAGGCUCUUCACAGGUGAUCUUCACUGGUAUAGCCUUUCUGUGCUUGGAGCCCAGUGCUGGUACUCUGAGGCCUGCUUUGCAGAAGCAGUCAGUGUUAGCAGCUGUUGAAGGCCAUGCUUUGAACAAGUGAAGUGCUGUAAUAACAACAAGUAUUCCACAUAAUCUGUCAGCAUCGGAAACUGGGCCUCCUGGUAACUUUGGCUUUAUUCUGCCUAUGCCUAUGUUCCCCAGUGCUACAAUAAGCUGUAGUUAGUGAUAUCACCCUACCUCAGUGGAGUGUGAGAAAGUUGGGUUCAUCUGGCAUUGCAGUUUUUGUGAUCAAUACUGAUGGUCUCUAAAAGAAAAGCAAGAAGAUACUGGAUGCAACAUACUGGGUAGGUACGUCUGCAGUGUUUGGAAGGUACACGUAGGUAAGGCUUGGACUGCUGCAGAACAAUGGAUGAAAAGGAAAUCCAUAUGCUAGAGAAGAGGCAGUUGUAAAAGAAUUGCAUGUCCAAAUGUCAGAAUUUAAGUUACUCAGACAGUUCUUAAUUCUGGCACUUUCUGACUUUUACUUAGUUUUCCAACUUUUUUUUUUUCUGCUGUUUUGUAUGAAAACAUUCUGGCAUAUUGUCUUCUUGCGAAAGAUGCUGAGUUGUUAAACAGAUUCAUUUUUGUGAUCUUGAAUGGCGUCUCACAAGUUGUGCGAGAACUCCUCCAUCUCAGUGUCCCCUCAUGAAGGAAGGACCAAAGAAAUCUAAGGGUGAGGAGAACAAGGGGAUAUUUAAUAGGAUGUAUUGCGAUGGAGUUGGCAAGGACCUUGAGAGAGCAUCAGCAGUGGCCCCCCAGGCAAAGAUGAGCUAAACCAGACCCCUUCCUCACACUGGUCUUCAAUCUGGCUGGAACUCAGGUUGAAGAACGGCUCAGAGGAAGUAUCUGACAGUAAACUUAAAUUUGCUGUUACAGAGGUGUCUAUAAUUCUAUGUUUCAGAAUCCACACAGCACAAAGGCAUCUGUAUUUCUUCCAAGUUAAACAACGUGAUAAAAUUCGCUUUCUUAAAACUUCCAGCAAUGGAUAUUCACAGCCUCCCUAGACAAGCUGUUUCAAUGGUUCACCCUGCUUACUGUUGAAUACCUUUCCUCCUGUCCAACUUGCGUUUCUCAUGCUACCAUCUUAUUCUGUCUCUUUUAGUCUUACAGGCCACAUUCUCGAGAGGUGUUAUGGAAACAGUUUGUUCCCUCCCUUGCUUGCAGCUCUUUACAUAAUUAAAGACUGUUGUCAGGUCUCUUCUGAGUCCUCUUCUAGGCACUUAUAAAGCCUUCCACCAAUGGUGGCUUGCAGCCCUCGCCAUGCUCUUGCUUCUGCUUUCUCUAGGCUCUUUCUGAUCAGUCUGUCUCUUUCUUGAACCCAGAAUUAGAAAAUCCAAAAUCAGGAGACAUCCAUGUGUUGCCACCUUACCAGCCUCAAGCAAAAGCAUCACAAUUUAAGAUUUUAUACACUCACGUGCUGGGCUUUGCAACAGCAUGCUUGCUGACUCAAGCGCUGUUUGAAACUGUGUCCUCUCAGCUCCUCUGCGGCUGAGCUAGGACAAAGGCAAUCAUUUUUCAGUCUUUGCAGAGAGGCUUUUUUCUGCUUUGACACAGAAGCUUGCAUUUAUCCUGACCAAAUUGCGUCUCAUUUCUUUUCAGUUUAUUUCUUGACCUUGUCAAGAUCAGUCUCGGUUCUCAGUGCUCACGGUCCUUCCCAGGGAUGUGCCAUCUGCAGCUUAAAUAAUUCUUAUCCAUCCUCAAAUCAUCAGUUUACAUGUCGAAAAGAGCAGUACCCAGGGCAGGCAGACCUCAACAAGACCUCUCUUGGUAUCUCCCAGCAGACUGACUGUGAUACUAAUUAAACAGGCUAAUUGUAGAAAUCAUAACCUGUUUCUCCUUGAGGCUGUUUUUUUUUCCAACUGUUGACUUUUUUUUUCCUCCCUGUUUUUUUCUGCAUCGGCUAUACAGAGCCCAAACAGUAGUUCUUGCCCUUCUUUAAUAGUUUUAGAAAAUUGGGGAUAUUAAAAUACCACAGUACGCAUUUUCCAUGAAGCCUGGCAGUAUCAAUCUUUUUUGUACAUGGUAGGUUGACAGAACACCACCUAACAACAUUCAUGCCUCCUCUUAUUUCUGAAUAGGAUGUAGGAAAAAAAAAUCAACAGGCCUUUACCUAAAUAUAAAAGUUAUUUUCAUUGACACUCUCCCCAUCUUCACAAUAUUUAUAUUUGGAUUGCUUCAGCAGUCACGAGCUCAUGAUAUGUUCCUGUGUGUAGGCUUUCUUUGUAGGCAUCCACAGGCUUGGGUAAAUCAGGAGUGUCUGAUGGGGAGGAAAAUAUGUAUUCUUGCAAAUCAGCCUCGAAAGCUGCUCACGAUCUAACUGGCAAAAGAAAUGAUAUUGGCUAAACUGGGAUGCUAAAGGUCUAAGUGUUUCUUCUAGCACUAACAGGAUACCUGUUUAAGCGCAAGAAUGGAUCUAGUGGCUGCCUGUGCCAAUUUAGUUUGGAAUACAGGUUUUUUUCCAUGUGUUCCCAAAUCUCCAAGGAUUGUUGCAUACAGAUGUAAAACAUUAUUUUCAUCAUGCAAUAAUUUGAAUAGUCACCAACAUUUACUUAAACUUUGCCAGUUUUAAUUGUUUUAUUUUAAAUUGGCAUUCACCUGUGCUCCUUCUGCCUCUCCUGCCAUUAUUGUUUCUGCUUAUGUCCUCUCAUUCCUUGUAUCAAUGGGCUUUCUAGUUUUCUGCACUGCUGCUACUUGUUUCAUACUAAUUGAGGUCACAAAACAAAACUGGCUAACGCUCAAUUUUUUUUUUUUUUUUUUGUGAUCCUUCCAGCAGUAAAACACUCAAUACACAACAAACUCAUUCUGCUUUAAAUAGUUGGAACAUCAUUACAUUACUGGGACCUGAAAAAAAUUUGCAUUGAUAUAUCUGAUGGAAGAGGUGUGACUGAGGGGUUGCGCCUUUCAGGGUGUUUCAAAAUCUGGCUGCACAUCACCUGUGUCCCGGAGAGUGACAAACAGCUGCAGCUGCUUUGAGUAGGAAAUGGAAAUAUCUUGUACUUGAAGGACAAAAUCUCCUGGCUGUUCAGAAGUUAGCAAGACAUUAAAUGUUCACGUUCACUCUCAGACAUUUGUUUUCUACCCAUGCUGUUCCUGCUUUCUCCAGAAAGGUUUUAAGCACCUCCUCCGGUAUCCUGGGCAAGGGCUUCGUGUCAGGCUGCUCAAAAAGCCGUUCAACUAGUUUGUCAUAAUGUAGUUGUGUCAUUUCCUUCCAAGCUGUGCUUCAAGCAGCACCCAUCUAGCAAUGCAAAAUAACUGCUUGAAGAGCUCUGUUGUUUUUUUUUUUCAGCUCCUAGAAGCUUAAUCUGUGUUGAAAGUUAAUUGGAUUUUCCUUCGUAACAUUUUUAUUGCAAGGUGAUCCAAUGGUUUUGUGUAGGUAUAUAAAGAAGUUUCUCCUAUUUUAUGCAGCAUCUUGCAUUACUCUAAUCAUUUGACACAUAUAUCUGAGCGCCUUCCAGAAGUGCAUUUAAACAUAAUGACUAACAUCUGUCACACAGCAGUUGUUCUUUCUUUCAUUCUCUUCCUCAGAGAAGACUGGAUGUGCCAAUGCAGCCCUGGUAUUUUUAACAUAAAUUAAUUAUCCAUGCUGUUCUGCAUUAAUGUCCUAAAGGGUGAGCUGAAGCACAUCUCAUGCUAACAGCAGCAGACCCUGACAGCUUCACAGCCAGAAGCAAACCAGAGGACUUUUGGGCUCCCAGGUAGCAAAGUUUGACAUUUGCACAGAAGGCUGGCAUUCCACCAGAAGAUAACUUUCCCCCUCAAACUUCACCCACCUCUAAAUGCUGGGGGAGGAUAAGGAGCAUUGAGGAAUUUGCUCUGUUACUCUCUGCCUGAUGCAAAAAAUCUGACCUCCAGAGAGCAAAUGCAAAGCCAGAGGCAACCCUAAGUUCAACCAGAGGAGCUUGAGCAGGUGAGGCAGGUGCUAUCUUGUCACGAUCUUGUCUUCUUAGUCUACGUUCACACCAAAUACCUUUCCAGUUGCUUCCGGUCUUCCUGGCUCGACCUUGUCUGGUGGAUCCUCAAUUUCUGCCGGGCACAGCAACAUCAUAGUGUCCUGUGCAUCUCAUGAAGUUUGAAGGAGUUUUCAAAUAACAUGCUUGUGUUGUUGAACACGACAAGCAGGAAAGUUUUUAAAACUGCAUGUUGUAAUUUGUAGUUGGUUUUGCCAUUGCCAUGUAAGUAUGUUGUACAUAUACAGUCAUGUAUAUGGGGCAAGUCAAGAAAGCAGACAGCAAAUGCUGACAUUCAAUAGUUAUGUUGUUGUUAUAUUGUGCUGCAGUGCAUAAUGUGGAAAUAAUCUAUAAUGAGGCCUUAAAAUAAUUCCCAGAUUUCCCCUUGUCCUUGGAUCUGCCAGCCUGGAAAGACAUACAGAGGUCUGAGGGCAGUGUGCUGCUGAGAAUCCCAAUCUCUGAGCCCUCCCCCAUAGAGGGCACAGGCUUUCAUAGCCCAGCACUCGCCCGAAUCUUUGGCCACUUUUCAUUGUCCAGCCACGUAGGUAACUGAAGGCUGGUGUCCGACCAGCAGAAGCACAGAGAAGCCUUUCAGAUUCAGAAAGGCAGUGUUUCAUCUACUCACGUGUUUGUUUGGGGUUUUUUUGUUUGGGCAAAGCUCAAGGUUUGAUUCUUCAGCACACAACAGCCUAUACCCUUGUUCUGUUGACCAGAAGAGCUGUCUGGUGGCCAGAGGCUACCGUAGUAAUGGAUUUUGAAACCUCAUGUAAAAUGUUCGAUAGUGAAAUUAUUGACCAUUGUGCUAAAAAUGCACAGAAGCAAGCAUUUGCAGUUACUCUGGAUUAAAUGAAACUCAAUACGCAGUCAACAGUUGGAUUUCUGUUUGAGAUACAUUUGUGAUAGUUACUGUUUUUUUCUUCCAGAUUUUUGAACACUCUCAGGAUUUUUAUAGUGCUGAUCAGAACAGAUAUAUACAACAGAACCGGGCUGCCUCUGAGGACAGCCUGUUCGGUGAGAUGCUGAUAAACUCCAAGAAGAGUUUGAAAACUGUAGGAUUGUGCUGUUGCCAUUCUUUCCAAGAGAUUUUCCCAGCUAGAGGUUGCAGUAGGCACGAGUUGUCACGAUCCAGACAACAAUUUGGCUUGAGAUCUCAUGAAGUUAUGAGGUUGUAUAUAGACACUCAUCUAGAAAAUGCUAUGAAGUGCUUUUUGAAGGGACAGAUCUCACAUAGCUGUGCUCUGUCCUCUGCCCCAGUAUUACACAGGUGCACGUAUUAAGAAUAUCCACAGUCUUUUGUGAAUUCUUGCCAUCGAGUAUCUUGAAAUCCAACCACAUUCAUUAACUGCUCUUCACAAUUGCCACAAAAUUACCUGCCUCUGAAUGUCAUCUAAUGCUUGUAGUCGCUGCCCUGACGAGCACAAACAUGAUGGUCACUGCAGUUCUUAACACUCUGGCACAGCUUGGUUGUGAGUGUUUUGUGGCCCCCUUUUGUAGGUUAUCACUUUGCCCACCUCUUUGGAAAAUAAAGGUAUUUGUUUCAUGUGUUUCUAGCUUCUAAAUGUUCUCUGGCAAGUGAAUUUUGUCAAUGAAUGUGAAUUUAACUCAUCCAUCUCUUGUUCCACCCAUAAUCAUCAAAAAAUAUUUUACUUACAAGUCUUCUAAAGCUGUAGUAUCCCCAUGAUUGCUUUGCUUUCUCUCACAAAAGGCUGGUAAAGCAAAGCCUUUAGUGGGACCCUUCCCGUGUGCUGUGAGCACCUUGCUGCAGGCAGCAGUGAUCUGCUGUAAAUGGAGGAAGUCUCCUGAUGCCCAUCGGCAGGCUCAGAGCAUGUACUGUCAAUCCAAAGAUUAUAGGCUAAAGUUUUCUGUUAAUCUCUAAAUACUGAAGACAGCUUUUUAACUUUGAUCAAGUUUCAUAAUGCCCCCAACCUGGCAGAAUUAGGAAAAUAGCUUUUUGGCUCAAGCCCUUACUUAGGAAGCUGAGAACAAGCACAGCAUUUGACGAGGUGAACCAAGCCUCAUUCCUGUUAUCUUGGAACAUAUCUUUUCAAUUGGUAUUUUAUUCGUUCUCCAUCUGGUUGCAAAACAUCAAGGUCACUAAAGUAGCAUAAGUAGCAGCCUGUGUCUGACGUAUUUUGGCCUUAACCAUUCCAAUGACUAAAGGCAUCCUGUUCUGCAGCCUUCAUGCGCUUAUGCGGCUAUUGCACGGUCAGUGGGAAUUUGGGAGUACACAGAUGUUAACUGUAGGUUGAGGCGAGUUCCUGUGAGGUUUGGGGUCACGCUGCAGCAAAGCAGUAGUUAUUUAGCUUAGCAGUUAUUUAGUGACUCUCGCUUAUUCCCUCUGUGAUCACUCUCAUGUCAAGUAGAGUUGCACAAAGCAGCUACCUAGGGCAGAUUGGAUCACACACUUGUAGACUAACUGCUGACUAACACACUGACUGCUUGCGUGCAGACUCUUGCUUGUAGUCAACAUACAACAGCUUCCCCAGGGAUGAGCAUUUCUGCAUCUACUACAAGUACUGCUCUGAGCUUAGACUAUUGCUUCUUACCACAACUUGAUGUUGUGCCUCGAUCCUUUGUUAUAUGUGACUGUAAUUCUGUUUCUCUGAAUGCAGAAGUAGGCUAUAGUCUGGAAGUACACAUUUUGAGCUAAACACUGCCAUUCAAAUCGGUUGCAGAAUGAUUGGAGUUGCUUCUUUCUGUGUGCAUGACAGCAAGUCCCUAACACAUCAGCUUGGGAAUCAGCCCAAGGAACUGGCCAGGUUAAUAAAUUCAGGUACGUAGAAUGAGCAUAGCCACAGCAAAGUAGAUAUGAAGAUGCUGAGAUAAGAGCUGUGCAUCUGCCAAUCUUCCAUCCACUCUCUUGUAGUGCUGCUCUGGCUGCAGCUUCUGCAGUGGGUGACGAUGUAGGGAGCCACCAGGAUGAGGGACCAUCAAAGCCUGCCCGUGGGACCCGGAUCAAAGUGGCGGUGAGGGGAAGACUCUCCAGCCAGGCUUGAGAAUGUAAAGAGUGAGAGUGAGGUGAAAGAGGAACUGUACUGUAUGUGGACAGUCACAGAAGCCUGCCCCUUCAUCACUGCAUCUCAUGAGCUCCCCUGCUGGUGUUGAGCAGGACAAAAAAGCAGGAGGCAAGUGAUCCUGAAACCCAGGAUUAUGUUAACCCAGUGAGCAAAGAACAGGGAAGGUGAAAACAGCUCUGUUCUGGGUACUGUAGGAGCACAACUACUUUAGCCUUCCUUUGCUAUCCUGUGGGACUCUGGAGGAAGGCGAUCGCUCUGGGGAGUACGUGGACAUUUCUGUCCUUGGGAUCUGAGAGUGGUGGCAUGCAAUUGAUGCAUAUGCUUGCUGCAUCCCAGCCCCUGACCUCAGUAACAGCAUUUUCUGCUUACACCAGCACAGGCAUCUCUCAGCGCUCUCGAGGGUGACCCUUUGAGUUAACUAUUGAUAGGUUUCUCCUAGCUGUCUUACAAAAAAAAAAAGAAGAAAUGAAAGGAGGAAGUGCUGGAACUCCAAAUCUAGUAAAGAAACAGACAUUUUUGCUGGCUAAGGUAUAAAGGAGAAGACGUCGUGUCAAAAGUAUUCCUGAACUCCCCCCAAAAGAGGAACAGAAAAGUUAGAGGAGCAGGCUUUUGAAACAUCGGUGAGAGGUAGAAGUUAAGACUAGGCCGUGGCUUGGACAUCGCAGGCUGCAUGACAACUCUCUGGGGUAGAACUGAGCUACUGCUCGUGUAGUCUGUCUCUGAAUCUCUUUUUGAGAUAGGCCCUUAAAAGCCCUCCAGCAGAGAGAGACGCCCCUCUAUGCUGAGGAAGAGAAAUCACGACCUGGGGGAUCCUCUUACCUUCCUCAGCCUCUAAGGCUCUUGACAACGUGAAGCUCACAUCCUCUUCCAUUCUGCUUCAUUACACUCAAUGUCCACAAGCUUUGAUGAUGCAAAAAGCACAAGUUUGUCUGUACUGCCCUAUUUUUUUAGGUUGUAAUGAGUUUUAACUUCACAGCAAUGGACUCGCUAUUUUUUUAGUUGCAAAGGGAAAAAGAAAAAAAAAAGCUAAAUGCCCAUGCUUGCUUUCAGAGCCUGAGAGGUGCACUGGAUUAACACCUGAGGGCAGGUUUGCCGCUGCAGUAUUUGGGCAUUGAGGUCAGCACAGCAAAUGCAGCAACAGCCUCGCUCUUUGUCCACACUGCAACCUUGCGGUGGCCCUUGACCUGUUGUGAUACAUCCUGGGGCUGCCCUCUACAGUUGUUCAACCCCCUUGCCAACCUCUUCCUCGCUGAAGCGGUGAGGCUGUGCGCAAGAGGACAAGCAGGAGACAACGACAUGGGUGUUUUUCACUUGCCUCAGCCUAAACACCAGCCUCCUUUUGGCAUCCAGUUUUCCAGGAGCCUUUUCUGCCAUCGUUCUUGCCAGUAUUCUAGCAGAGAUCUUUUACCCUGUCCAGCUCACAAGCCUUGGCAACCAAAGCAGUCCCAGCCAGCUGUGAUGGAGCUCCACAAUGCUAAAUAUUACCAGUUUCAGAAAAUGUGACUCCGAGGGAAGGCUUGGACUGUGAGUUAGCAAGAACAUACAUUUUUUAUAUGCAUUUGCAGAGGGGUUCACUUCAACCUUCCACAAAAGGCUUUUGAGUAAGACAGCAAUUAUUUUUUUAAUUUAUUUGUUAAAGAAUAAAAAUCAGUAGAUAUGUACUAGUAAAACCUAGAACUCUCUUUUACCAGUGAAUGAAUUUUUUCCCUCCCCUUUGAAUUUUGUGUGGAUGCAGCAACUAAUGCAAAAUAAGAGUUGCAAUAUCGGAGAUCAGAACAAAGUGUUCCUCUGGAUGGAGUUUGAUACAAUUUUAAGCUGCUUGUAGAAUAUUGGCUGUGAAGGUAAACUGAUUUGGGCUGAAAAAGCUGUUGCUGUUGAACUAUAUUAGGUACGCUUCAGUAGGUGGGCCAAAAUAGCUUUUUUUUUUUAAUCACCUCUGACAUCUAGAAAAGAUAAACAUAUUUUUGGUCUUAGAUUGAAGGUGUGAUUCUUGCUGGAAGAAACUUACAUUUUUUAGAAACCAUCUCAGAAAGACAUCUAAAGCCAAAAAUAUUGUACGGAAGCCUGAAGAGAAAAAAACAUGAAUCACGGAUCUGAGUCAACACCAGGCCACCAUGUGCAGAGGUUUAUGGCUAAGUUAGACGUGAGUUGUGACCCACCUGCCUGCAUUCCUGGCCACUCCCAGGCUCGGCCUGGUGCCUGCAGAGCCUCUGACCAGGGCUGGCCCCUCUCACUCUCCUGUGUGGUGCUGGUGCUGUGGUGUUGGAACCAGGCAAGAACUGGAGUUGGAGGGCUGCAUUUUGUGGGUCCUCAGCUGUUGAUGUAAUACUUGGUCACUGGCUGAUGUCAAGUAAAGAUCUUGCUUUCUGCCAAGUUAAAGCCCCCACUGUUUCAACUGCACCUUAUCCUUUUUUCUUUCUACUGAUAUAUACUGUUACACACUGCUCAACAGCUGUUGCAUUUAAUACCAGAAGCUGUAGUUGGUGGCAAACAAAGGGAUCUGCAUACAACCCCUACCUUACUCAUAAGCGUACAUUAUGAAGCUUGGCCAGCAGUAAUAAAAUGUUUUGCUUUCAGUGUGCGGUCCCUGUGGUCCAAUGUUCCCCUCGUCAGGCUCCAUUGUUACAGGAGCGCAGUGUGUCUGUGUUCUCUGGCUGUCUUCAGGUUUGUAAUGCUGGAUGGAGACAGCAACGCCUAGCUAUGUGGGUGUGUAUCCAGCUAGGACUAGAAAGCAGAUAGAUAAUGCUUCUAGGCUCAGAAAAUGUAUGAAGGCUCUGAAAUUAGACUUCAGAUGUCCCUACAUGUCUGCUGACUUCCUAUUUUCCACUGCUUCAACACUUGCUGCAGUAGUGUGGCUGUGGUGGCAGCAUCCCUCAGCAGAAGGAGCAGCAACUGUGGUCAGUAGGUCCUGUGAAUGAAUUUAUCACCUAUGUAUCGCUCCCCUGGGUGCACUUCCAGCUUGACUGGGGCUGGUAUCCAGGUGGCCACACAAGGGGCGGUUCUUGCUGUCUUUCUUGGCCAUGAACCGAAGUUGGAGGCUCCUUUCCCCAUGUGAUCAUCUCACCGUGCAGCUUUGGGUAUAGGUUGUUUCUCACUGCUUUGAUCCUACUGCUUGGUUUUCUUCACACCUUUCUGAACUACUCCGAGAGUUCAUGAUUUUAUACCUUCUUUUUUCUUAUACACAAAAAAGAGCAUUUCUCUGUCAUCCUACAUGAUGCAUAUUUUUGUGCAGGGACAAGAUGCUUCUCAUCCACAUUUAAAUAAUCAUGCAAAGUGCAGAAAGUCUAAAGCCUGCUGCAUUUUUGGAAUAUCAUUUUGUUUUACACCUCAUUAAUGCUUUCAUUGAAAAGAUGUUUUCACUUAUACAUAAUUUAAAGACCAUAUGAUUUUCCUGCUGUUUGCUGAAAGCAUUCAUUUCAAAGCACGAAUUUCAGAGUGCUAUUUUUGUGGGUUGCAUUAGAUUCAUAGCUGGUACGAGUUGAUAUGGAUGCAGUUUCCCAUACUCAAGGCUCAUAAUGUUUAGUUUCCACGUGCCAGUGUGCACGCUCCCUUCCUAGAGCUGGAAUUAGGCUCCUUCUGUGCAGAUUGGUGUGGGCUCAGUUUGGCACAUCUCGGUCCUCAAGCACCGUCCCCAAGCCUCUGGGAAUUUUCCAGGCAGAGGAUCUAUAGAGCUGUAGUAGUAUGUAUCUAUCUGCAUUCGUGCCUUUUUUGGGCAGUGAUAAGACAGCCUCUUUAUGGAGAUUGCCAUUUUGUAAAUAAGCUUCUUCUCAAGCACCACCACUAGGACUACAAAAGAUGGAUGAUUAUUUCUUCCCGGAAUUGGUUUUCCGCUGCAGGAUCUGGAUUUUGUUAAUUUGCAUAUAAUUAAAAAUGGCCCCGUGUCUUCAGUUUGCAUUAUGCCUGUGGUACUGAGCAAUCUUGGAUCACAUUUUACUCUGCAGUAUGCUGUGUCUGGGAAUCACUUUAUUCGUCACUGAAAAUCAGCUUUUAAUUGUGGCAUACGGAUAUCUGCAGGCUUUGAUGCAGCGAAAGCCUCUGCCUCCAAAAAUAAAAUGUUGCUUCUCAUAAACUUUCAAAUGAGUUGUUUUUUAGAGACUGGAAAAGUUGCCAAGAAAAUCUGCAUGAAAAUCUAGCAUGCUGACUGAAGCAUGAAUUUACUGAUGCCUUUAAAAACCAGGUCUGAGCAGCACUCAGGCUGCGGGUAAGGUCGCAGGCUGUAUGAUUUCCUGCAGCACUUUGGUGCAACACCAGCCUGGUGUGAAAAGCCUGGCAGUCUGUUUGCUUUCCUGUGUGCGAUCCCAAAGGACAGUGGUUGCUGCUAUGCCAGGGUAGUGGUGAGAUGGUCCCAGCAUCUCUCCCAGGCAGCAAAAAUAAAGCACGCUUUGACAACUUCCUUGAGAGAGCAGUGUGGAAAACUACCCAGCAAUUCAAUGCAGUUUUCUAGCAUUAGAUUUAUUACCCACUGAUUAUCAUUUGCCAAAAAUCUUCACUGUCAGAAAAGAACAUACAAAAAGAAUGACUGGGAAAAUGAGCAAUUUUUGUACUGCACUUUUCAUGCUGAUGCAUUUUCAGUACAUGCAGUGUUUGGUUUUGGUCUCAACAUUGAGAUCAAUGUUACUGAAACCAAAUAUUUUCCAUGUAUCUACAUACAGAAGAUGGUAGUACAUGACAGCGUUGCAAGAUAUACACAGUGCAUGUUAUAAAAAAUGUGGAAACUUCUUUGCCCAGCAUAAUGCCCAACAACUGCUUGUAAUCUCGCAUGUCUCCAUCAUUGCCAUGAAAGCAGGAAUGUGCAAGUUUGCACGCAUGUUCCCUGGUGAGCUUUGGGUGGGAGAGGGCUAUGUCUGCAGCAGGCCACUUUGGAUCUUCAGUAGCUGCUGCCUGCAGCUGCUCAGAGGGUUGAAACACAAAAGCCAGGGUCACAGGAUGGAUUCUUUCAGCAGUUUUCUUGUCUGGAUCAAUAGUGCAGGUGCUGCAAAGCUGGUGCUUCCCGUCCCUAACUCCCAGGUCUUAUCCAGACUUGUCUCUUUCCAGCUCCGUGUCUGCAAAGUUGAAUCUGCAUUCUUAGCUCCAGGACACCUGACCUUGCUUUUUGCUUUUUUAGAUAUAUAUCUUUGGAGCAGUGCUGGAGAUCGGGGCACCGUUUCUGAAAUUCCUUUUCUCCUGGGGUAUUCACAUCAUCUGUUUCUGAAAAAUCAUCUCUCUGAUGUUUGCUCACUGGUUCAGUACAGGAAAAGGUUUACAGCUGUACCUGAAACAUCCCACUACACAUGCAAGGUGUGGUUCUCCCUGUUUUGACAACCCAGGAGUGAUUUACAAAACACAGAAAGUACCACCAAACACAGACAGUUGCUUCUGACUGCAAACUCCAGCAAGCCAAUACUUUCAUUUUAAACAGAGCUUUCUCCAUUAAAGCUUUGCACGUGGCUGGCAUGCAUCAGGUAUUGGACAGCCAGGGGUUGCCUGGUAAAACACUUGCAAGAGUUGAAAACUAUGCAAACAGAGCCCGGGAGGUCAGUUAUGAUGUUCGGUGAUCUUUUUGUUGGGUACCUGCUGAAACCUUUUGAGACUUCUAAGCUUGACAGUUUGUUUAUGUUCCUGUGGUCCUGCUACUCCAGCUUUUUACUCGUCCUCUCAUACCUCCCUCUGUUUAGCUGCCUGGUCCUCGUAGGUCUGCCCUAGGUUGUCUGGGCUUUCAGCUCAACAUGGUUAUUCACAGGGAACAAAAAAGCCAACAGCUGGAAUAGGAGAAGCAGAAGUCAGCAUGAAGCAUGUCUUGUGUGUUUAAGGAGAAGGACAGCAUCUGACCUCAGUCAGGAGAAGUCCUCCUCGCCCAGCCUCCUUCAAGGAGCACGCAGAGCUGAGUGGAGGAACACAUCCUUACUGCUUGGUCCUUCUCCCUGCAGCUUCCUUCCUUCUUGUGCAUCUCCUGUCUUGUCUUCACCCGGCUGUGUGGUACAGCAUGCUAGACAUGCUAAGGCGAUGCCUGCAUAUCCUAAGUCCUUUCUGGGGAUGUUUUCCUUCGAGAAAACGAAGAUCGGAUGUUAGGAACGUCGACAUUUACUAGGCGGCUUUCAUUGUCUUGUUCUUGCACUAAUUGUCCUUUCACCGGUAGCGUGGUGAAGAGAAAAAAGCCGGCUUAACGCGUAGUCAGAAAGCGAACGUACAUAAGUAUAAAAACAAACCCACCAGUAAGUACAUGAAUAGGCUAACUGUAAGAUAGCGUGUAAAAGGAGGCAGUCUGCAGUGUGACUCCUCUGUAAACUGCAUGAUAGCAUUGGUGAAGCCUGCUGCGGACACUCGGCAGGCUUCCCAGGGUUGCUUUUGCUAGACUUUGAGUAUCAUAGUUGCAAAGACUCGUAACUGUUCUGAGAGACUCUUGUUUUUUCGUAAGCUGUGGCCCUUUGCUUUCUGAAUCGGUUUGUAGUGAUGGAGUUAAUGGAGCUGUUCUUUAUCGUAACCUAAAAGGUGUCAGUUGUUUGCUUGUAUGUGUUCACAAGCUGACCCGUAGCGUUAUGCAUCCCUGAAAUGGUGUGAUUUGAAGCACUUUUGGUGUGGCAUGUACAGUUGCAGUGCCAUCUGGUUUUGAUUUCAUCCCUAGCUAUCACACAUGUUCUCCCAGUGUUUUGGACACUGAACCAAACGAACUUUAAAACUAGCACUUUAAGUACUAGUGGUCACUUUGCUUCUGACUAUAUUGAGCACUGCACUUUUGUAAGUACUGUUAGCACUGAGUUUUGAACCACUUUUUUUCCCCAGUCUAUUUAGCCUCUUACGCACGGUGUUAAUUACUUAGGGGCCAUCAGAAGAUAAUUUUGAGGUGUAUGUGACCACUGUCUGGUGCCUAAUUUCCACUGCAUAUCUCUUAGCAAUUUUAUAAAUGAGGGAAAUGAAACCGUCACAGUUUGUUUUUACCUAAUAGACUGAACAUCUAAAUCACUGACAUCCAAGCAGAUGCGGUUAUUGUAAACUUUGAGGUCAUUCAGAGAACCGAGCGCAUGGUUGUUUUGAACACCAAAGAUAUACGAGAAAUCUCAAAAGGGAUUGAGAUAGUGCAAGGUGGUAUAAUUUACACUUUGAUUUGCACGGAUGGCAGGAUGUGAAACGGAACCAGAGCUAAGAGUGUGUGGCAGAUACUCUCGGUUUUGGUAAGAGAACCCGAUCUGCAUUAGCGGGUUGGGUCAGUGGGAAAGCUAACUUAAAACUGCGCGUAGGUGCAGGUAUCAAUAACAACUGCGCUCAAGCCAUUGCAAUACAAGCCAUCACUGUGCCUGUACUGAAAGUGCUGUUGGGAUCGUUGUGGCUGAAACUACAAAAAAUAUUCUUAAAUAAAGGAUUUGCAAAUGAUUUAGAAGAUGGAGCAUAAUAACCACUGGGUUUGCUGUUGAGACUGGAGAGCAGCAUUAGGAGCUUAGUAAGUCGCACGGUAAGAAGCCAUGUAGACAUUCUUUCCUAUCCUUGUUAAAUUCCUGCAAUAUUUCAGCAUGGCUGGUGUGGGACCUGAGUUGGCUCUCCAGCAAAAAAAUCAAUGGGGUAGAGGUUGUCCUAAAUGGCAAAGUCAUAAUUCUCUAGGAUUUGAACCUGGGUGAUGAUCUUCAGGAUGCAGAAUGUUCCAGGUUUCGAUAUUCCAAACCAUUCCCUCUCAACUCACGGAUGUCUUUUGCUUCUCUAAAAGCCCUCAUGGGUUUUCUGCAGCAACGAGUAAGCCACGGUGCUUGCAAGGGUUCUGUACAUCCUUCCCAAUGAGGUAUCCAUGCAUGGGGCCCUUGUCAUCAUCCAUUGGAGCUCUUCCUUGGCCAUGCUCCUGGAUGGGAUUUGCUCCUUGGUGACAUGAGGGAGGAAAAAACACUAUCUAGUACAGUCAAUUGUGUGAUGAGUUUGAAGGAAGAGAGAUGAGUUAGGUCUUCUCCUUCACUUCUAGCAAGCAGCUGUGGUGGAAAUAACCUCCAGUGGAAAAAAAUGUGUUAAUUUUGCUUGUUUCAGCAGAUGAAGUAUUGUCCUGACCAACUGGUUUUGCUUGGGUUCAACCUAGGCUUUCUUCUCCAAUAGAGCUUUAUGGGUUUAGGCAUUCAGUCAGAAUUGAAGGUGGUUAAAAAGCAACAAGAUUUGAGCAGCCCGAAGUGUUGUGCUCUUAUAUUCUCCAUUGUGUGAUUUUGAAGUGGAAACGUACAUAGAUUCCAGACUGUUUUUCCUCUCCUGGCCAAAUUAACCCUGCAAAUCUAGCUUUAAAGAACUAGCAUCCAGUGGCUCGGGUGCACUCUCUCAGCGCCUAGGCACUAGUGGAUGAGGGGACAGUGUCUCAGAAAGGCCUGCAGGGGGCCGAGGCCCCUCUGGCUGACGCUGGGACACAGCGGGAUGCUUUUGCAUACUUCAGCCCACAUGCUGUCAUCCUUUGGGGAGCUGAGUGCUUUCUUCUUGGGAAAGGAAGCUGGCAAGGAAGAGGGACGCAGAACAGGUCUCUGUUUUUUUCCACAGGUGUAGUUUUUUGCCCCUCCGAGUUGGCAUCUCGUCCUUCGGGAAGGUAAAGCUAAGCAUUUUCUGCUGCACGGCACAUAUAAGGCCCAAAUGUAAUGCACAGCACAGCACCUCUUUCUCGGGAAGGACCUUUCAAGCAGAAGACGGUUCCUUUAGGGGUUUUUAGUUGUUUGGGUUUGAGGUAGCUCAUGGGAAGUGCAUUGAAAUGGCACACGGACGAUGUUUUACUGACCUUUUCUUUCUCUCCAGCAGAGACCUUUUUAAUUUCUUUCCGUAGUUUCCAAAAAGUGUUUCCCGGCCCAUGUGAAUGACCUUGAAAUGAGUCAAGUUUAUCAAAUUGUGCGUUGCAGGAAGCAGUCUCCAAAUGCACACACACCCAUGCACCCAUCGAUGUGUAUGUGCAUGUAUGUGUGCGCGCAUCUACAUACAGACAGAGAAUUUAUUUUCCCCAGCUGUUUUUUGUGGUUUUACUAUUAUUAUUAUUAUUAUUAUUAUUUUGGAGGGUUUUGAUUGCUUUUGUUUUCAGGAUAUUAACCAAAAGGUGUUUUAAAUUCAUGGCAUGAAAAGCCCUAAAUGUGAAUCUGAGUACAUUGUGAUGCUGAUUAACAGAUUUUUCUGAAACUUAUGUGAUGCUUAAUAUUUUUCUUAGGGAGUUUUGUUUAAUGUUAGAUCAUUGUUCUGAAGGAUGUUGGUCCUACUGGCAUCAAACUAAUGGAAAUAAAAUGCAUGUGUUACAAGUGUAGAAACGGUGAAGAAUUAAGUGUGAACUUACUGUACAAUACCGAUUCUGUUUUCAAACGAUCUGUUUCGCUGUUCGGUAGUUGACAUAUAAAAAUGCAAAUGUACUGUAAUUUAGCACUUUUUCAGUUGACCCUGUUCUCACUAUGCCAGAGGUAAGGAGCACUUCUGGGGCUGUCAGGACCCGUCUCUCCUGACGUGCAGACCCUGUGAAGCGUGUCAGGAAAGGGUCAAGCUCUUCAUGCUUCCUGCACGUUUUGGUACCAGAAUUGGCCAGAAGGAAAGGAAAGUGUGAGAGUCUCUAGUCCCCUAGUGUUAACAGGGUGCAAAGUGUUACAUGUUCCGUACUGUACUGAAAGGGUUGGUUGGUCAGUGGCUGUAUUGUACUGUAUGACGACGCAUAAAUUGCCUUGUAUUGUUCCUAAUGGACUGUACCAUGUCCCCCAUGGAUCUCCGUGUCCCCAGUUUUCCAAUGACGCAUGUUAUCAGUUACGUCCUACAACUCUGUGGUGCUAACUCUUCCAUACCUGAUGGUGCUUCUGUGGACGCUAACUGACGACAUGCUGACCAGAGCUUGAAGUUUCACAGUAUUUCUCCUCUGUUUGUACGAAGUGAACACAUACUAAAUGAUAAACUUGAAUUCGUUUCAAAGCAUCAUUGACAAUCUAAUGUUUUCUAUGUGUGCUUUUAUUUGGGAUGGCUUUUCCAGAAAGCAGCUCUCUCCCCCUUGGCUCGCAGCCGCCCCUGUGCUCCAGUGAGCAAUCCUGUCCCCUUUCUCCAUGGCGAGCAUGGGGCCAGGAUUCAGCGCGACUCCUUUGCCUUUGGCGGUGAGCUGCUUGCCCAGCAGUUCUCUGGGCACUUAUCUGUGCCUAAAAAGGACACCUGUGACCACUCCAUCCCCAGGUAGGUGGGCACUGUGGUGCCGCUCCAGCUCCUCCACCACCAAAAGUGGAGUUUGUUGCAAGAAUUGGCUUUUUACCAGAAGGGAGGUGGAAGCAAGGGAGGGAACUAUUGAAAGGGAGCUGGAGUUCCAACAGGCACUUCUGUCUUGUGGGGGGAGAGCCCGUGCACCCAGCCCCACUGGCGCAGGAGUCGCUGUUGGUCCUGGAGUUUCAUGGGCUGUUGGAUGGUGUGGGCAGACCCUUCCCAUCCCAAGUCCCCUACAUGAGCUGCUUUUUGGACAAAACAAAACCUGAAUAUAUUUUAUAUCUAUUUGAAAACAAAGUCUGAUAUUUACCCCUGUUAUCAACUGAAUUUGCGUAUUGUUGUUUGCCACAAUAUUUGUUCUGUCUUAAAAUAAAUUUGCUUACUUGUGUAGUCUGAA